AUGGCCAAAGUUAGAGAUAGAACUGAAGAUUUUAAGGAUUCAGUUCGCCGGGCUGCAUUGAAUUUGGGAUACGAUGAGUCCAAAACGGCAACAAUAAUGGCAUCUUUUAUCCUCCACAAAACACGUGAAAGGUCACCUUUCACCAAAGCUUCCAUGAAGACGCUCGAAAGCAUUGGAGCUUUGGAGAAGUUCUUGAUGAAGCAUAAGAAGGAUUAUCUGGAUCUCCGUCGCACCACUGAACAAGAGAGAGAUAGCAUUGAGCAUGAAGUUACGGUUUUCAUCAACUCAUGCAGAGAGCAAAUAGAUGUUCUCAAGAAUAGUAUAAAUCAUGAACAAUCAAGUUCGAAGGGAUGGCUCGGCAUCAGGAGUGACAAUUUGAAUGCUGAUACUAUUGCACACAAACAUGGAGUGGUAUUGAUUUUAAGCGAAAAACUUCAUUCAGUGACAUCGCAGUUUGAUCAGCUAAGAGCCAUACGUUUCCAAGAUGCUAUUAACCGAGUAACACCAAGAAGAAAACUGAAGAGUGGCAUAAAAAAUGUUACAGAGAGUUCUAAUUCUAACAAUUUUCAGUCCAGGGGCAAUUCAGAGGUUAGAGAGGAUAAUGAAGUUCAAGCAGAGCCUAUCAGAGUCCAGCAGCAAGUUCUGGAUGAUGAAACACGCGCCCUCCAGGUUGAGUUGGCAAGCAUGUUAGAUGCUGUUCAAGAAACUGAAUCAAAGAUGGUGGAAAUGUCUGCGCUGAACCAUCUCAUGUCCACACAUGUUUUGCAACAGGCCCAACAGAUAGAGUUUUUGUAUGAGCAGGCUGUUGAAGCUACAAAGAAUGUACAGCUUGGUAACAAAGAGCUGUCACAAGCCAUUCAACGGAAUAGCAGCAGCAGAACUUUUCUUUUACUUUUCUUAUUUAAGUAUAAAAACUGUAGAAGGUUUGGAAAUGGCUCUAUAGAUAUCGGAACUGCUUUGACUUCUCCUUAUCUCUGUCUAAUCCAUUAA